UUGAUGCGCACUGUGGAAUUUUUGUUACCUUAGCAACAGUCCGCGCGUUAGCAACAACGUAUCACGGUUAUCAACGAAAAGGACAAAUGCGGCAAUAAAAACUCUGAAGCCGGUGGUCGUUUUUUUUUUUUUUUUUUUUUUUUUUUUAGCCUUUCCCCUCUAUGACGGGCAGACAUAGCGAACGGUAGCUUAGCUGUUUCCUCCCCUCCAAAAUGUCUUCUCAGGAAUCAUCUCGUCCCUCCGACGAGGAUGAGCUUUUUUACACGCAGUGUCGAGCAGCUUAUCUUGCUGUGUUCCGAUCAAGUUUGGCAAACAUUUCUUCGAAACAGCAGUUAUGUCGGGUUCUCCAGCAGGCCGGAAGGAAUCCAUCCCAUGCUACUCUCAAUAAAUACUGGACUUCUAGAACAUCGAAGCUAAACUUUGAUGACUUCUGCGAGAUUCUGAAAUGCGAGAGGAAAACCGACGAGGCCGAGCUAAUGAGGGCUUUCCGGAAGCUGGAUGUAAACGGCGACGGCUGCAUCACGCACAGCGUACUGGAGAAGGCUCUAACCUCUAGAGGUGAGAAGAUGACAGCCGAGGAGGUGAAUGCUGUUUUCUCAUUGGCAGACGUAAACAAGGAUGGUAAACUGGACUAUGCUGAGUUCUGCAGGCGGCUCGCAUCCACAGCCGAGCAGUGUCAGACGGCUGCUUUGGAGAACCUAAAAGCUGACGCUAAGCUAAGGAGGCAGAACUUUGGCAGCCAGCUGUACAGCCCUCCGAAAAGCUCAGUGGCAUCAGAAUCAUCUGCAUCAGCAGCUCAACAUGCAGAAUCAGACUCCUCCGCAAAGAAAGACAGCCAGUCCUCCUCUCGUCCUCCGUCGGCUCGCAGCAGACGGUCCUCCCUGUCGAACUCAGUCACAAUGACAUCCAGCAGCAGUAAAGCGGGCAAAGUUCUGGAGCCUCAAGGUUUACAGGACUGGCGUCACGGCUCCAUGAAAGGCUGCUUCUUUGUAGAGGAGGAUGAGAGCAUUAGCUCUCUGCAGUACCACCUUCAUCUUCCUCAGGCAACCGCCGUCUAUCUCACCAUCCAACCACUGAGCCUCAGCCACAGACCUGACAAGCCUCCAACAUGGAUGAACGUUGACACAGCACUUUUUGUCACGUCUGCUGGUGAAACCAAAGAGAACUUGUCUUUAGUGUGUUUCACUGAAUCAAAAGAUAAAGACAAGUAUGUUUGGAGAGGAGAACUCAGUGCUGGGACCUACCACCUCCUUCCCUUCACCACUGGCUGCAGAUUAAAAAAGCAAAGCAAGAAGAACUUUUCGGAUAAAUCUGUUAAACUCGUCUACAAGACUGACACGGGAGAACUGGACCUCACCAGUGAGCUGAGGGAGGUGCUGUCUGAAAUCUUUGAGGUGAUAGACCUGGACGGCAAUGGUUUGCUAAGCCUGGAGGAGUACAACUUCUUCGAGCUAAGGACCAGUGGGGAAAAGUGCGACCAGGAUGCCUGGGCCGUGUGUAAAGAGAACUUUGAUAUGAGAAAAAACCAGCUGACACGGCAAGGUUUUAUGGAGCUGAACCUGAUGGAGGCCACAGAGAGAGAUGGAGACCCCGCAGACCUGUGGGUGACCCUGGAAUCUAUGGGUUACAAUCGUAUGCUGGAGUUAGUAGAGGCAUGUCCGUUCCAAAUCGAUGUUUACUGCGAAGGCACUCAGCCAUCCAUGCAGCCACUUAGCUUGGACUCGGGCACCAAGCUUUUGAAUCAAGCCCUCCAGAAGUCAAUCACCUCGAGGUUUGGGGCCAAAGCACUGCGGGGGCAUGACAACGUCUUUAUCUACACCUACAGAGGAGACCACCGCAUUUCCUCCCUCAUAGCCAACAAGGCCAAUCAGAAGGUGACGGUUCAUGUGAACAACGAGCAGAACAGGAACUGUUGCAGCAGCAGAGGGAUGACCGUUUUUGCUGUAGAGGUUCCAGCCAGGACCAAAAUGGUGUGCCAACACGUGCUACCCAUUAACGAGAAGCAGGACUGGAUCUAUAACUGUGUGGAGACCAGUUUACCCAGCACAUCAAGCUGAAAUUCCUCAACAUGCUGCAGUCAGAAGAAAAUUAUAUCACAAAAAAGACUCUCAGAAGCCUGAUAAUGAAGGUUUUACUGGUAAUUUAUUCCAUUUCAGAAGAUCUCUGUGUUUAUUUAAGAUUCAGGGGUGAAAUCUUUAAUCUGGUCAGCUUUUACCAGUCCGUAAUAACCACAUGGUACAGUCAGCAAAACAGGUUUUCAUUUUGUUUAUUAGAUUGGUUUAUUCAAUCUUGGUAAGUUUUCUUUUUCUUGAAUUGGAUAUUUACGUUACAAACAUACUAAAACAGAUUUAGAUCAAAUUAUCCAGACCUUAGUUAGGAGGGAACUCCUCUACAAUUGGUUUUAACAUGUAUUUAAGUGACAGUAGAUGCAUCUCAUAAAUUGGCAAACAUAUCUAAUUUACAUAUGGUAUGUAAAUAGACCGUGUUUUUAUUUUUUACAGGGAAAUAAGCUGUUGUGGGAAGCUUCUGAAUUCACUUAAAGUGCUUGUCUGCCAUGUGUGAAAUAUGUCUGAAGCAAUUGGUAAUUUUGCGUAUGUGGGCGUGUCGGGAUGUGCGUUUUGCAGUGAAAUGCAUUCCUCUGGACUGCGCUCAGAUCUCAACUUUACUUGGCCUCGACCUUUCCAGUACGAUCCUGACCUCCUAUUUUAGUCUCCUGGGCCAUUAUCUGCCCUUUGACUUUCACUGCUGAAACAGUAGAGCCAGCUGACUCAAAUGUCACAUGGCAUGUGAGAUGUAUUUAAUACCCCGAGCCCGUCUGCACCUCUCUUCCCAACACAGUAGUAUCACUGCCUGCUUGCAGCGACGUUUCGGUUGUUUAAGCUCAAUAAUGGUCUGUUGUGAAGACAAUCUUUGUUAAGGAAGAGCAAAACAUUCAAAAAAUUAGGCGAUUGUCAAGAAAUCAACAAUGCUGCAUCUUGUAAUCAUACUAAUUGAACUUUUGCGCAUUUUGUCACAUAAACUUCAGUGUGUUCAUAGCGGUUUUAUAUUGCCCAGUAUAAAGUAGCUUAUAACUAUGUGAAGGGGAAUAAAAAAUAUAUAUGGUUACAAGAUACAGAUAUUUACAGGUAAAAACCCGAAAAAUGUGACGUGAAUGUGUAUUCAAUCCCCUUUAUUCUGAUAUCUCUAAAUAAAUGUCAGUGGACCCUA